AGCGAUCCGGCAAAAGAGACUACACGAAUACUGCGUGCUUCUCCAAUGUCGAAUGCCUUCAUGGCCCAGCUCCCAUACAUCGGGACCACCUCCACACUCGGGUGGCACAACGAUGUCCUUGCUCAAUCCUACAUGGACCACAUCGUACAACGCGCGCGCGUGCUGUUGCCACGGCGCGGGUGGCGGGUGGGCGUCCUCAAAGAAUUCUACCCUCGCGGUGCCUCGCUGCUUGGCCUCAACGUCAACGCUGGUAGUGAAGUCUGCGUCCGCUUCCGCGUGCCCGGCAAGCGAAACGAGUUCCUGCCCUUUCACGAGGUGUUGUGCACCGCCCUUCAUGAGCUGACGCACUGCGUACACUCCCGCCACGACCGCGCGUUUUGGAACCUGUACUACGACCUCGUAAAGGAAUGCGAGGCGCUCGAGGUGACAAUGAUCGCCCAAGGCAAGCAGUUAUAUCCGGCGGCCGCCUACGUCGCCAGCGAUACCGCGAUGAGGGGUUCCUCACCUUCUUCAUCGCCCAGAAGGGCGAAGACAUCACGUCGUGGCGGAGGUGGGAUUGGUGGGCACCGACUGGGUGGUGAACAGCAUUCUGCUGGCCGUGGCCGGGGUCGCGGUGCAGGCACAACCACACGCAGCCGGAAUGGCACCGUCACCACCACCGCGCGACAAGGGAAAACGAAGAAGUUCGCCUCUGCGUCCCCAACGGGUCAAGAUGGGAAAUCAAGUGCGGCGUUUCCUGGUGAAGGCCGCCGCCUCGGCGAGAGUGCGGCUCUGCGGCCCUUCGACUCCGCGCCGGGCUUUACACCCACGCGAGACGUUCUACGUCGGAUUCUCGCCGCUGCGGCAGAACGGCGGUCAAAGCAGACAGGCAGCGCAGAAGCUCCGAAUCCAUCCGUCAGGUCUUCCUCCAUGGGUAUUAGAGACUCCUCUCCAUCGCCGGGAGACACGGAAGCAGAUUCGAGAGAGGCAGUUUCCGAUGAAGAUGACGUUCCAGAUCGCGUUCCGCCGAGUCAAAGUGCACUGGACGACAACGAUGGUAGCUGGAAGUGUUCGCGCUGCGGAUUCUGCAACGAGGCCGGCGCAUGCGGCUGCCAGUUCUGUGACAACGAUGACGACGACGCAGCAUCGUUGCUGGACGAAGACGAGGUUGGUGAGCCACCGACAAAGAAAGUACGCGACACAGCGGCGACGGAGGAAGCUUCUGAAAAGCCAUAUCUCACUGCAAGUUUGCCGCUUGUACGUCUCGGCACGUCUCGCGACACCGCGGUGGAAAUCAGCGGUGACGAGGAUGAUUGA